CGCGCAUCCUUGGUGUGCGUUUACCUAUCUCUAAUCCUCGCUUGUCCUGGUCCCCAGAAUCCCUGAUCUCUGGUGAUUCCCUAGUGUGUGUCCUCCACGGCUCCCUCUCCAAACCCCACUGGCUUUCUUGCUCCUCUACAGCUUAUCCAACGUUGGCAGCUGAAAGCGCCAGGAGCCACAGCACUGGCAGUGAAUGGAGCGGGCAUUUGUGGUUCCUGGAAAAUAAAAAUUAACUUUGUGGCCCACGGUGUAAUCUUUCUGGACAAGACUGCUGUAAAGCUUUCAUUUAUUUGGUAAAAGAUGGAGAGAAAACCAGAAAAUGGAGAACCUGCUGAAAUUAAGAUCAUCAAGGAAGCAUACGAGAAGGCCUUUAUGUUUGUUAAUAAGGGACUGAACACGGACGAGUUAGGGCAGAAGGAAGAAGCAAAGAACUAUUACAAGCAAGGAAUAGGACACCUACUUAGGGGCAUCAGCAUCGCGGCCGCAGAGCCGGGGCACACAGGCCCCGCGUGGGAGUCCGCCAGGCAGAUGCAACAGAAAAUGAAGGAAACACUUCAGAACGUCCGCACCAGGCUAGAGAUCCUGGAGAAGGGCCUUGCCACUUCUCUACGGAAUGACCUUCAGGAUGUGCCCAAGCUAUACCCAGAGUUCCCGUCUAAAGACGUGUGCAAGAAGUCCCCAGAGCAGGAGUCGGUCAGUUCAGCGCCCCAGCGUGCUGAAGUCGAUGGGAGCGCCUCGGCUGCAGGUGCAGGCCCAAGUGAUGCGCCUUCUGCUCUGUCCAUACCGUCGCCCAGCUGCCCUGCCGAAGCGCCACCAGCCUACACCCCACAGGCUGCCGAGGGCCACUACACUGUUUCCUAUGGAACAGAUUCUGGGGAGUUUUCAUCCGUGGGAGAAGACUUCUACAGGAACCGUUCCCAGCCGCCCCCUCUUGAGACCUUGGGGCUCGAUGCAGAUGAGUUGAUCUUGAUACCAAACGGAGUGCAGAUCUUCUUUGUAAACCCUGCGGGAGAGGUCAGUGCUCCCUCAUACCCUGGGUACCUGCGGAUCGUGCGGUUCUUGGAUAAUUCUCUGGAUACAGUUCUGAACCGCCCUCCUGGGUUUCUCCAGGUGUGUGACUGGUUAUACCCUCUAGUUCCUGAUAGGUCACCAGUUCUGAAGUGCACUGUGGGAGCCUACAUGUUUCCAGACACCAUGUUACAAGCUGCUGGGUGCUUCGUAGGGGUUGUUCUUUCAUCUGAGCUCCCAGAAGAUGACAGAGAGCUGUUUGAGGAUCUGUUGAGACAGAUGUCUGACCUUCGGCUCCAGGCCAACUGGAAUAGAGAAGAAGAUGAAUUCCAAAUCCCUGGGAGAUCAAGUCACCCCUCUGAACCACCGAAGGAAGCUUCUGGCACUGAUGUCAGGCAGUCAAGUUCUUCGGGUUCUUCAAUAGACCAAGGCAGCAAGGAUGCCCGCCAUAAAGGAAAGCGUGGGAAAAAGACCAAAGAGUCAAGUGAAGAAGUUAAUCUGAGCCAGAUUGUGCCCUGUGAGCCAAGUUCAGAAGAAAAAUCGAAAGAAUUGCCUGAAUGGAGCGAGAAAGUGGCCCACAACAUUCUGUCAGGUGCUUCCUGGGUGAGCUGGGGUUUAGUCAAAGGUGCUGAAUUUACUGGCAAAGCAAUUCAGAAAGGUGCUUCUAAACUCAGAGAGCGCAUCCAGCCGGAGGAGAAGCCAGUGGAGGUGAGCCCAGCUGUCACCAGGGGGCUCUACAUCGCAAAGCAGGCGACCGGAGGAGCCGCUAAAGUCAGUCAGCUCCUGGUUGACGGUGUCUGCACAGUAGCGAAUUGUGUUGGUAAAGAACUCGCUCCACAUGUCAAGAAGCACGGAAGCAAACUGGUUCCGGAAUCUCUGAAGAGGGACAAAGACGGGAAAUCUGCCCUGGAUGGUGCCAUGGUUGUAGCAGCAAGCAGUGUUCAAGGAUUCUCAACUGUCUGGCAAGGAUUGGAAUGUGCAGCUAAAUGCAUCGUUAACAACGUGUCUGCAGAAACUGUACAGACCGUCAGAUACAAGUAUGGGCACAAUGCAGGAGAAGCUACACAUAAUGCAGUGGAUUCGGCUAUCAAUGUUGGGGUCACUGCCUACAAUAUUGACAACAUCGGCAUCAAAGCCAUGGUGAAGAAAACUGCCAAGCAGACGGGACACACUCUUCUGGAGGACUAUCAGAUCGUUGAGCGCCCUCAGAGGGAGAGUCAGGGAGGAGCCACAAGCACAGAAGGGAGAAGAGACGUAGGAAAGCAGGCAGAGGAAGAGAAGCCAGAGGCAAGAAAGACAGACAAGUAAUGAGAGGCCCUGGAGUCACCUGCACCAAAGCCUUAGCAGACGGAGGGUGUGGAGCAGCUGGAGUUUCUCCAGAGAAGAACAGCAUCUUUUGUCUGUUCAUUCAUACAAAGUGACUGUCGGAAGUUUGGGGCAUGUAUCCACUUACAAGGAAAAUAAUCAGUAUUCUUACAUCUGGCUUCUAACGUAGCAGUUUGUAGUCUCAGUAAGUUUAUUUUCCCUUAAAUGUGGCUAAAAUAUUUUUGCAGUUAAAAUAAAGCUUAUAAUAUAUAUGUGGUUUAAGCCUAAUGUCAAUCUAUUUUUAUAUGUGCUAGCCUUCAGAAAGCAAAGGAGGAAGCUGUGCACAUGAUUUCACAGCCACCUGAGUUCUGGUGAUACCGGGAAAUGACUUAAUGUCGACGCCUUUCUUUUGCACUAAUUGUGGCCUCUUUUGAGAUGCCCGACAGGAUUUUCAGCAGAUAAGCUAAACAAAACUGUGAUCUUAAAGUUUGUUCUCAGAUAAUGCUUUAGAAAUCUUUCUCAAACAGGGACGAGCUUGGUCAUGAAAGUGCCUUGACGCUCUGUAAUGUUUCUCUUACUUGCUAGCUCUCCUGCCUACUAGGAAACCAAAAUGGCCUUGUGAUUUAAACAGAAGAAAUGCUUCUUUAAGUCUUUAUGGUUGAGGCUAGGACAUUUUUUGAUAGAAUGAAUUUUUAUUAAUUUUUUGAGAAUUUUGUACAUGCAUAAAUGCAUUUUGAUUGUAUUUUCCCACAUUCCCCAACUCCUCCCAGGUCCACACCAUCUUCUUCGUCCCAACCUCAAGUUCUUUUGUGUAUUUGUUUUAAAUAGUCAAGUUUGUACUGCCCAUAUGCUCAUGGGUGUGGGGACCAUCCACUGCAUGUUGGUUCAUCCUCCAGGGACCAUGCUCCUCAAGAAAACUGACAUCUUAUUUUCCAGAAGCCAUCAAUUGUCAUAGCCCCUCAGCUAGGCUGGGGGCUUGUGAGACCCUGCCCACUGCAAGCUGGGAUGUUGACUGGUUUGAUCCUGUGGAAGUGGCCUCAGCUGCCAUGUGUGUAAGGGUCCUGUCGUACCCAGAUGUCAGUUUAUCCAUGCCUCCUAGAUUUCUGACUCUUAGUCAUUUCACUCCUCUUCCUCCAUGUUCCCUGAGCUUUAUGGAGGAGUGUGGUAUAGACUAAGGAAUUUUGGGGUAUUAUUAGUAUUCUAUUAAAAUUUGAAUUGUUACUGGCAUUAAGAAAUCACUUUUCCAUAUCUGCUUCUUUAAGUUUUUCCUAAAUUUCUAGAAAGUAAAAUGCAAACAUUGCACUUACUAAGUGUAAUAUAUCUCCACUCAGUCAUUACAAUUUAUACUAACAGCCAGGAAGUGAUGGGGGAGCCUGUCUGUACCACAGUGAAGAAUAUGGAACACUUUGGUAGGGAGCCCCAACUUCUGCAGAACACAGGACAGACAUUUGCCCAUUUUCUUUUAAGUUACAAAUGUGUAAUUAAAUACUCCAUGGUAUUUUAUUUCUAUUAUUUUUAAAAGGUUGAUAUUGGUUUAUAUAGUUUUGGCCUAUUGUAAUCAUUUCUGAACCUGUAGUUGGCUAGCUGAUGAUUUUCAUUUGAAACUGGUUAAUGAAUGUGCUUUGAGAAUAAAAUGGUUUUUGAAUUGCUGAGUCUCAGAUGUA